CCUCCGGUGGCUUCUAUUGGCUGGCACCUGUGGGCCACUGUGAGGCAAAGCUUUUAUGACAGCAGCCAGGAGCCCAGGAGUUGCAGGAAACUGGGAGAAGGACAUUGUCGGUGGGAGCGCCCGAGCAGUGGGCGGCCGGGUUGAAGAGAUGGCACGGCCCCGGCGUAGGGCUCGCAGGUGGCUUUCUCGCGAUGCGACCUCAGCAAACCGGAACAAUGAUAACAUGGACGGAAAGAGGAGAGGAAAAUUGAGCCAAGGCCAGGAGAGGGUGUCUUCUGAUGGUCCUUAAAAUGUGGCUCCAAUGGACAUCUGAGAAAAGAACACCGUGUUGUCAUCACUGCAGCGUGUCGUCAGCAUCACUGAGCAUCAUGAUGUUGGGCGGAGGAGAAUAUAAGGGUUCGGUCACCCGCGCCCGCCCUCACACUUUUACGAACGAAGGACUGUUGGAGCUCGACAUUUUGCCUUCAUGGAGGAUUACCACAAACCUGACCAACAGACAGUGCAGGCGUUGAGGAACAUCGCCAAUCGCCUCAGGAUCAACUCCAUCAAGGCGACGACCGCAGCAGGCACCGGACACCCUACAUCAUGCUGCAGUGUGGCAGAAAUCAUGUCUGUGCUUUUCUUCCAUACCAUGAAGUAUCGCCCCGAGGAUCCACGGAACUUCCACAGCGAUCGCUUCCUUAUGUCCAAGGCUCAAUCUGCACCAGCCUUGUACUCCAUGUGGGUUGAGACAGGCUUCCUGAAGGAGAGUGAGUUGCUCAACAUGUGCCAGGUUGACUCUUCACUGGAGGGCCACCUCAUCCCUAGACAGCAAUUUGUGGACGUAACCACUGGCUAUUUGGGACAGGGACUCGGGGUGGCCUGUGGAAUAGCGUACACUGGGAAAUACUUUGACAAAGCCAGCUACCGUGUUUACUGCUUGUUGGGGGAUGGUGAAAUGUCAGAGGGCUCCGUAUGGGAAGCCAUGUCGUUUGCUUCUUACUACCAGCUUGACAACCUGGUGGCGAUCAUGGACAUCAAUCGCCUGAGCCAAAGUGACUCUGCGCCUCUGCAGCAUCAUGCAGAGAAAUACCAGAGACGCUGCGAAGCUUUCGGCUGGCAUGCCAUCAUUGUGGAUGGACACAGUGUGGAAGAGCUGUGCAAGGCUCUGAGCCAGCCACGCCAUCAGCCCACUGCUAUCCUUGCCAAAACCGUCAAGGGCAAAGGCAUUCCAGCUGCAGAGGAUAAGAUGGGCUGGCACUCCAAAAGCCUUUCUAAAGACAUGGCCGAGAUGGUCAUGAAGGAUCUCCAGAGUCGGAUUAUGAGCACCAGCAAGCACCUGUACCCACCCACUCCCGUCGAAGACGCUCCUCCGGUGAGCCUGAGGAACAUCCGUAUGGCCAGCGCACCCGCUUACAAGCCUGGAGAAAAGAUUUCCACACGUAAGGCCUAUGGGAUGGCGAUUACCAAGUUAGGCCGCUACAACGAGCGCGUCGUGGCUCUCGAUGGAGACACAAACAACCUCACCUACUCAGAGAUCUUCAAGAAUGAGCAUCCCAAUCGCUUUGUGGAGUGCUACGUUGCCCAGCAGAAUAUGGUCAGUGUUGCCAUGGGAUGUGCCGCCCGUGAGAGAAACGUAGUGUUUGCCAGCACCCUGGCAUCCUUUUUCACACGUGCCUACGACCAGCUCCGCAUGGCAGCCGUAUUAGAUAGCAGCAUCAAUCUUUGCGGCUCCCACUGUGGCCUAUCCACCGGGGAGGAGGGGCCCUCCUUGAUGGGAUUGGAGGACAUGGCCAUGUUCAGGGCACUUCCUAGGACAACCAUCUUUUAUCCUAGUGAUGGAGUGUCUACAGAGAAGGCUGUGGAACUGGCUGCAUCCACAAGGGGUGUUUGCUAUAUUCGAACCAGCCGCCAGGACAGUGCCGUCAUCUACAACAGCAAUGAAGAUUUCCAUGUUGGACAGGCUAAGGUGGUGUACCAGAACAAAGAGGAUCAGGUGACCGUGGUGGCUGCUGGAGUGACUCUGCAUGAGGCUCUAGCAGCAGCUGAACACCUAAAGAAAGAAAGGAUACAUGUGCGGGUUAUUGACCCGUUCACAAUCAAACCUCUUGACGUCAAGACCAUCACGGACCACACGCGUGCCACCAGGGGACGAAUCCUUACCGUGGAGGACCAUUACUAUGAAGGUGGCCUGGGCGAGGCCGUGUGCUCAGCAGUUGUAAACGAGACUGGCUUCAAUCUGCAUCGUCUGGCCGUGUCCCACGUACCGCAUAGCGGCAAACCGCAAGAGCUCCUGAAGAUCUACGGCAUCGACCGUGACGCCAUUGCCCAAGCUGUACGCAAAAUGCUCAGCACCUCCACCAAUGCCAAGUAAAUCUACACCCCUGCCCAACCAUUUUUCUCACCCAAUUUAUCAACAGUCGAGUGAGUCACAUGACACCCAGCUCUCUCCUUUUCUUCACUGUGAAUCCCCGUAAGUGUUUAAACAAUUGUGAUUUUGUGAUUUUUCAAGGUAGAAUUACACUUUUGCUCAUCCUUAAUGCACCCAUCAAGCCACAUACAAACUCUAAUACACGCACACAAACACACACACACACACACACACACACACACACACACACACACACACACACACGAACCCGCACACAAACACUACAUAUCCCAUCUUUUCCAAUUUUGACCAUCAACAUCACACACUUUUUACAUGUUCAACGAGAGUACGUUGUGAUGGUCCCGUGUGUUUUUGCAAUGCUUUUUCGGUCACGUCAUUAAGGUGGCAGCGUUUUUAUAUACUUUGUAUUAUUCCAAAUGUAGCUCUUUGAAAUCGGGUGGGUGGUUAGUAUUGAAGUAGAUGUCAUGAUGAUGGUGUCAGAAAGAAACCAGGUGAGUUGUUGUGUGUAGAAUUUUAGCGGAAAACAAAGCAAAAAACAAAUGUAGAUUGGUUAAAAGUUUCACUAAAAACACAGGUCACAUCCUUAGACGAUUCAAAUGUUCAAUUGCGUCUCCUCAGCAUUGUUGUUGUUGUUGUUGAUGUCACUUAGCAUUCACACGACACAUCAGCCAUAUACACUUGGAGCACACCGCCACACCAGCAGUAUACAUAAAGACGUGGCCAUUGACAUGUUUUUUAUUAGGUGGGGGGAGGGCGGCUCUCGUGCUGAUGCGGAAUUUUGAUUGUGACCGUGUAGUUAGAAUUAAGUCUGACUUGUGAACCUAAGAACUGUUACUUGAAGUUUUGUACGUACCAUUCUUUCAUGUAAUAAAGCCCUCUACAUUUGA